AUUUGGCCUGGUCAAGUUGUAUUUUCUCGCUCCGUCAUCGCAUAUUAUAAUUGUUAUAUUUUUCUUUUGCUUUUGAUGAAAUUCAUAUUAUUAGCUAAACUCUUUUGUAUAAGGUACAGAGCAUUUUCCAUGGUACCCUUAGCAGCCACACUAAAAGUUGUUACACAAAGUAAAUAGUAUUUUUAACACAAAAUGAGCCUGGAACAACAGACAACCGCAGACCCCCAUAAUCCCCAUGGACUUGGUGACCCCAACGACACCAGGUUGCGCAAGGUAGAGCGGGAAGUGCUGAUACCCAAGAUAAUGCGGGAUCGUGCCAAAGCGGAAUUCUGCUCCAAGGAAGUGGCCGACUUCCAGGAGUGCUGCAAGGCCAGCAGCAUAUUGAUGGUGGCCACCUGCCGGAAGCAGAACUCAGCCCUCAAGGAGUGCCUCACCCAGUGGUACCAGAACGAGGCCUUCAAGGAGGAGUGCAAGCAGAUAUACCUCCAGGAGCGGGCCGACUAUCGCAGCACCGGCAUACCCAAGAAGCAUCGCCUGGAGAAGUUGUAGUAUCAUCGCCACAUGGAGUUCCUUAUUGUUGUUUGCUUUGUACAAAAGUUAAGUAAUUGAAACGCCGCACAA